AUGGACCUCUCUCUCUCCUCAGAUGAAUCAAAAGUACUUAUUCUCAACACCGGGGGCACCAUCAACAUGAUUCUCAGCCAUCAGGGCUAUGUCCCGGAGCCAUAUUUCCUCACCGAAACCCUGCGCACGCAAAACCGCUUUCACGACCCGCUCGAGGACUCCCUGUUCUCUCACUCAUCGUCUGUAGAAGGAUAUCGUGAGUGGAGCAGCAACAGCGGAAGGGCCAGUCCCGCUCUUGGCCCCGACCGCGACGGCACACUGCCUGGCACUCCCGGACAUCUCAACCCCCCGACGCUGCCUGUGCGAUCUACGCGGCCCAUAGGAAUGUCUCGAGUGGCCGCGCAGCUGUCUCAAGUCCCUCAACAAUCCAGGGCGAAAUGGCCUGUGUGUACUAAGAUAGCCGAUGACGUUUACGAGGCGCAUCUACCUAGCCUCAUAACACCGCGAAGCACUGCGCCUGGCGGCAUUCGGAAACGGAUUCGAUAUGCUGUACUUGAGUGGGAUCCUCUUCUUGACAGCAGCAAUCUUGAGAUACAAGCUGGGGUAGAUUGGAUUCGUAUCGCCACAGAAAUAGAGCUCAAUUAUUCCUCUUUUGAUGCAUUCGUCAUUCUACACGGAACGGAUACGAUGUCUUACACCGCGUCUGCCCUCAGCUUCAUGCUUGAAGAUCUGGGCAAGACCGUGAUUGUCACCGGUGCUCAGAUUCCGUUGUCUCAACUACGGAACGAUGCAGUUGAUAACUUGCUGGGGGCGUUGAUGAUUGCUGGUCACUAUAUUAUACCAGAGUGCUCUCUGUAUUUCAACCACACGCUCUACCGUGGUAAUCGGGUAUCAAAAUUCUCGUCUUACGAUCUCAACGCGUUUGCAAGUCCAAAUUUCCCAACGCUCGUGAAUGUGGGUAUUGACAUUGUCGUCAAUUGGAAUGAUGUUUUGAGGCAAACGAACAUGCGGCGAUUCAGGACACAUAAACAAAUGAGUCCACAUGUAGCCACUCUACGACUGUUUCCGGGAAUCACUGCAGCAACCGUGCGAGCAUUCCUCACGCCUCCCACUCGGGGUGUUGUCCUUGAGACAUUUGGCGCAGGUAAUGCCCCACAGCGCACCGAUCUCAUCGGUGCUCUCAAGGACGCCUGCGACAGAGGCGUCGUGAUUGUCUCCAUCUCGCAAUGCGCCAAAGGCUCCGUCUCGGACGCAUAUGAGACCGGGCGGAACUUGCUGCUAGCUGGCGUCGUACCGGGUGGAGACAUGACCCCCGAGUGCGCUCUGACCAAACUCAGUUACCUCCUCUCGAAGCCGGAGCUGUCCGUUGCGGAGGUGCGGGCGCUGCUCGGGACACCCUUGCGGGGCGAGCUUACCCGCCCCGCAAGCACACUCCCACCACCGACGGGCGAUGCGAAGGGUAUUGCGCAAAAUCUCGAGAGCAUCCAGGGCGUGCUUUCGCACGCCAUCCGUCUUUCAUCUGCACAACCACACGUCCCCCACGUCAUCGUUACCCCCGACACGCCAAGCAACGGUGGCGAGAGCCUCGCGGAGGCCGCGGCGCCCUGGUCGUGGACAGCUGCAGAGGCAGCGUCAACUGAGAGCGCGCUGUACCCGUUCCUCAUCCAUUUCGCUGCCGCGCGCGACGACAUCGCUGCGGUCCGGUUCUGUCUCGCUGCGGAGGCAGGGGUUGGUGCGGAGGCUCCGAGCCCGAACCUCUCGAACCCCGGAGCAGAUUUUCAGCCGAGGCGGAUAAUCACUGUCGGGGGCGGGCUGGCGAACUGCAUCGAGCCGGCGUCGGGGCGCUCGCCCCUGCAUUCGGCCGCAUUAAACGGGAGCGUGCACACGGUGGGUGCUUUGUUGGAGGCAGGCGCGCUAGUCCAUCUGCGCGACGCGCUGGGGCAUACGUCGCUAUAUUAUGCUGCACGACAGGGGCAUGAGAACGUCGUCGAGGUGCUAGUGAAGGCUGGUGCGAUCUUGGGUGGCUCGGACGUUGAGGGCGGGUUCGCAUCGCUGGCGGUGAAGAAGGCCUCCGUUACGCGGGACGAGCGGGCGCUAAGGAUCUGGACAACAGCGGGUGCGCCGAAAGAAGACUGA